UUUUUGAUUUAUAUCAGUGUAGUUAAUCAUAUUCAAGACAUAAGUAUCUGAUUUAAAAUCGCCUAAUGAUUUAUCUGUUCAAUUUGAUAAUCAAUUUUCAUUAUUGAUGAUGUUCAACGGAAAUUUCAUUGCAAUGACUAUAAAGAAAAGUGUCAAACUAGUAUUUCGUAGGUCUUAGUUAUACAUACCUAUUUCGUGAAUCAAAAAUUUUAGUGAAAAUGGAACAAGAUGCGAGAUUGGAUGAAGAUUUUUUAUUUUAUUUAAACUUUACAGAUACAUUUUUAAAACGAAUCCAAAGCCCGGAUAUUGCAAAAAGAGCCAAGAUGUGGCUGUAUAAAUUGAUAGCAGAACCCUGUGACAAUAUUCAGAUUAAGAGAUGUAGAAACAUGUAUUUGGCAAACUUAUUAGUAGGCAUGCAAAACGGGGUUUUGGAGAAACCUUUUACAGAAUCACCAAUUGAUGUUGAUAUUAUGAAUGCUUUCGAAGUUUUUGAACCAAUACCGACAUCCAUUGAACCUCCUGAUUGGUUAAACGACACCGUAAUAGACACCAAUGAAUUGGACGAAUCCAAUGCGUCUCCAAGGCAAGGUCGAACGUAUUUCGCAACUAGAACUUUACCUAACGGUCAAGGUGCAUUUGCUUACGUAGGCGUUUCCUUGACUACUGAAGAACCUAUGUGGUUAGGAGCAGGAGAAAGUUCUUUUGAUGCACGAUUGGAGGAAAAAUUUGCAGAAAUGGUACCCAUCCACGAAAUGGAGAAAAUUUUGGUUAGAAGAAAAGAUCCCAAAGAAAGAGAGAAAGUGUUGGCCUUUUACGACGCAUUACUACAGCAUAUAGCAGACGAAUUAGACGGUAAAGAAACAGCUGAAAACGAAACACUCGAAGGACUUCUAGCUCAGUUGGUAAAGGAUUUAAAAAACAAGGAACAGUAUAACCGGUAUGAGUCAAUGACGGCAGGUAACCGACGAAUGGAACUCUUACUAUUGUUAUUUGACAGGACCAAAAUUCGCAGAGAUAAAGUAGCCAAGCGAGAAGAACUUUUAGACGAAAUAGAAGAAAAGUUAAUGCCGAAAUCGUUUUUCGAUGUUUCGGAACCGAUACCUGAAGAUAAAUAUUUAAUGCCCGCUGCCAUGUGGGAGAAAGCCAUAGAGAAAAAUCCCAAUAAGAAAAAUAUGGAGAGGUUACUGCAAGCGUAUCCUCUUAUUUUGGUAAAAAAAUUUGUAAAGUAUCUCGCCGAUUAUAAAGAAUCAAUUGCAAUAAGAAUGCAAAGGAGACACGAAAACAUUGUGACCCAAAUGAAGAAGGAAUUACGAAAGGAAGCAGAAAAACUGAAAAAAAAAUCCGACGAAGCCGAGAAUGCUUGUAACACUGCAACUGCUGUUCUAGAAGCAGUCAGAGCCCGAUAUAAACAGAAAGUUAAGGCCGAUAAGGAAGUAGAGGAAGCAAAUCGUAUAGAUAUGCCGGAACAUUCCAAAGUUUAUGAAAAAAUGAAAGAGGCGAUGUACGAUACUCAGAAAAAGGUUGAAGAAGAAGCUUUGCGAGGUAAGUUUUUGGCAGCGCAAAUUAAUUCGGUAAACGAACAAACCGAGUUGUUCGUCAACAUUACCGACGAUAUCGUCAGAAAGACCGAAGAACAAAACAUGAGAACGCUGAGGAGCGUUAAAAAAUUAACGAUGGCCAUUAAACAGUACGAAGGAAUUAUUCAGGACAUACGGAGUACCAGCAUUAAUCAGGGUGCCGAAGGCAAAUACUCUUCUCAGAUACUGAUGAUGUAAAUAAAGUCAGUAGCCUACAUAAGAUGGAAUGUGAUUGAUUUGUGAAACUGGGGAGGAAAAUUAUCACAUAGAAACUAUAAAAAUAAUGAAAAAUGCUUUCUUAUGUAUUUAAUUGAAAAAAAAUUAUAUGCUUCUUGUUUUUUAUUAUUAUUUAAAUUGGAAAAUUUCUUUUGAGCUGCUGCAGUCAACAGAGGUUUUUCCUCAAACUUCGUCAUCAUAUCUACUCUUACAAAUUAAGUUGCAGCUCAUCCGUUUCAAACAGAUAACUCUUAUACCAUGACCCAGUUGGCAAUUUUGUUUCAUACACAUUCUGAAUUCGGAACGUAGCCAUUCGUUUAUGUUUAUACCAGAGAUUAAGCACAUAAAGAUUAGAAACGCAACGACCGCAGCAACAAUGCCGUUAUCUAUGCGUCUCAGAUGUUAACUAAAAGUUAACUAAAGGAUUGUGGUUGUUUUUGUGUGAAAUUUGAGGACGAUAAUUAUAUUUUGUAAUAUAACAAUAAGUCGGAGCUCGCAUUGCUUUAGUAACACAUGCUAUAUGAAUAAAUUUAACAAUCCCAAUGUGGCGUUCUUUAAUUUACCAAAGUAAGAUCUAGUCAUGUAAGUAACACAAACAGUAACCAACUUUUGUCACAAAG